AGUGACAGUUAUUUGCUGUUACUGAGGUUCUCUGAGAGUCCUUUUGGGGUGUGUCCUCACCUGUGCAAGUGAUCAGAGGGCACUUCACAUGAAGCCUCGUCAUCAGAUCUCUCCCUCUCCCAUUCCCUUGCCUCCUAAACCUCUUAGGCCAGGUGAGGGCCAGCAGACAGCAUCCUGGAACUGGCAGUUGGAGCCUGAGCAAUGGGCGAGUUCAAUACGACAGCAGUUGAAUGCCCAACUCCUUUUGGUCUCGAAGAUGAGGAUAGGCUUAACUCCCAGAGACGCAUCAUCUGGUGCCCUGGAGUUUCUGCACUCCAAACGCAUUAUCCUAGACAAAGAAGUACAGCCCCAGGACAGUCAGAGCAGACAGAAGCCAGCUUUGAAGGCAGUUACUCAGCCUGAGCAGCCGACAGUGUUGAUGCUCCUGAUAGCUGAGCUUAAAACUCUGUUCUCAGCGGUGCUGCAGGAUUGCAGUCCUGCAGCGUGGCACUACCUGCAUGCAGUUCUAGGUCUGCUGCCUCCGUAUCGUGCACUAUUAACCAGUCACCAUGACCUGCUGCCCUUCCUGGAGCAGCUGUACCGCUGGGCUCCAUGGGUCCAAUCCCAGCUCCAACUGGACCUGCUUGAUGCCAUAGAUAAGGCCUUUCCCCCAGAUACCUCUUUGCUAAAGAGUGCCUCCCAUGUUGACUGCUAUCCCCAGAAGCAGAGGUUCCAUCCUGGGCCCGCUCCCCAGGUCUGUCCUCUCGUGCAGGCCAGAUGGGGUAGGCAGCAAGUCAGUGAGGAGUUGGCUACAUGGCUGCGACCACUGACACUUUCUGAGCUACAGUAUUGCCUGGGUAUUGUUGGUGCUGAGGUAGCCCUGGAAGAGAACUGGUGGCUGGAUGGCCUUAACCUCCUGCCCUUGGCACUGGCGACUGACAUCCCUAUACAGUAUGACAGCGGGGAUCCUGACAGUACAGCAGAGAAACCUGGUGGAAGAAAAACUAAGACUCAGUUUGACCAGGAAGUUCCUGAGGAGAAGACCUUCCAAAAGAGAAUCCCUACCUUUGUACCUCAGUUUUCACCGCGUGGUAGUCAGAUGAUGGCCAUUCUGAACACAGAAAGAUACCUGAAGAAGAUCCGCUUCUUCUAUCUCAAUGUGGCUCCCAGCCGGCACUUCAGGCCCUACAGCCUCGUGGUGGUGCCGCCAAAGAAGGUGAAUCCUGAGCACUACAUCUUCUCUCCCUUCGGGAUCCUGCAUAUACAUCCCAUAGAAGGGACUGAGGUGAUGUCUCUGGGCACCUGGCAUCGCCACUCCAUCCUCUGGCAACAGCUUCAGUUCAUCCCCUUCUUCAAGAAUUGCCUCUUACGAAAGACUUUGGCAUGUUGGAAGAAGACUGUGAAGUUGCUGGGCCUAGACCGGUGCCGCGGGUUCUUGGAGAAGCAUCUGCUCUCUGCUGUGCCCCACUUUGGAGCUGGACUGCUUCACGUUAACCGGCUUCUGCAGGAACUUCACUCUGUGUCCUGGCUCCCCAUGGAGCCAGAUUGGAGUUAUGACCUGCCAGAGCUGCAGCGAGCUCUAGCCAGGGAGAAACGCAAUGCUCUCCGGGUGCUCCACCGAGGCCUGUACUUCUGCAUGUCCAUUCUGCAGUUGGUUCAUGAGGAUACAUAUCACAUGCAACAGGGCCUGCAGGAGCGUGUGAGAAACUGCAAGAAGAUCAGGGCAGGCCAAGGCUCCAUAUACCUUCAGAGGUUACAGUGCCAGCAGCUGAAGAAGAAGCUGGAGCAGACAGAGACCUGGUUGCUGCAGCUGGGACUGUUGGCCCGUCUGGUCAACUACAUGAUUUGCCAGACCCUUGUGUCCAUCAUAGAGAAGGAAAUAACUUCUUUUGUGGCCCUCAUCCUACAAGCACCUAGGCAGAAUCCCUUGCUUUUAGCACAGCUGGUCUUUGACAGUUCUGGCCAGCUGUCUCAUGAGCCCAGUGUUGAAAAUAUAAUCCACAUUCUAACUGGGGGGCUACAGUCUGUCAUGGUCUCUGCCCUACAGUUAAUGCAAUCUGCAGACCUGAAAACUCCCUUGGAUUCUGAAGAAAACGAAGAGGACUCAAACUCAAAUGAGGAGUUCCCGCUGCUCAAGCUUCAUGGCCAUCCAAGCGAUGCUGUGAAAAUCUUCUGUGGCCCAAAUAUAGGACUGGUAUUACCCUGGAAGUCUGGUGUGAUUACUGAAGCCCUAGAGGUCUGUGGUCACCGGCUACGGGGUCAGUACCUGCCCCCCAAUUAUAAACAGCUGCAAGAUGACCUGGACAGCAAUCAGAAAAUCCAGCAGGCACUGAGGAUACAACAGGAUCUGCUAAAGGGCAUGCUCUGGGAGGUGCAGGAAUUCUGUGGGGAAUACCACUGGAUGACGGACAUAUAUGAGUUUCUGCAAAGCUGGGGGCCUGAGAAGCUGGAAUCUCUGAGAGGCUGUCCUAUCAAAAACUAUGAGAAGUUGAUGAGCUGUGUCAGUCUUUGGCAGGCCCGCAUCUCUAAGAUACCCACUGAAUUGAUUACGAAAGGCAAGUUGUUGCUGCUGAGUUGCCGGGACAUACAGGCAGAAAUGGAAGCCAAGCUGGAAGGCCUCAGAAAGGACAUUCUUGAGCAGGUGCAGAAUGAAUGCAGGACUCGCUGCCAGCAACUAAUAGCAGAGCUCUCGAAUUUCAUGGAGGCCUUCCAAACCAUCAAUUCAGACAUUUACACCAUUGCACAGUGCUCCCAGAAGCUGAAUGAAGCCAACGAGCAGUACUUGGAUCUGGAGGAGCGAGUGGACUAUGUACGGUCACUCCACGAACUCAUUCGCAACCACUUUGGCUUCUUCAGUACUGAGAAUGAGGCACUAGACAUCUCGCUUCUGGAUGUGUGGGAGGCAUUUCAGUUUGAGAAGAGCCAGGCCUCAGAGCUCCUGCUCAGCAAACGACAUGCCAUUGUGCCCAAGCUACAACAGCUGAUAGCAGCAGCACUGACAGAACUGGAAGGGCUGGUUGAGAAGGCCCUGUCUGGUCCCUUCAUGGACCCAAUGCAAGAGCAGAGGAGCACUGAGCGCCAGCUCAUCUCUCUGGAGCGUCAGUUCCAGAACACAGCCAACCACCUCAAUGAGCUGCACCAUGCCUACUCCACCUUCACAGGGGACGAGAGUCCUGUGGCCUUGCCUGUAUGUGGGACCCGACCUAUUGUGCAGCAGCAGCGCAUCUGGCAUCUGUACCGAGUCAUCUCUGAGAACAUCAGCGAGUGGAAGUGCAUGGCUUUUGCCAAGUUUAACCUGGCUACGGCCAAGGAGAAAACAGAAAACUGGCUGACAGAGGCAGCUCGGAUGAGUGCAAUCCUGGGCCUGCACAGCCCAGUUUUGCAUCGCUGCAUGCGAAUACUGGAGGAGUUUCGCGGCUACCUGCCUCUGCUUACCAAGCUGGUCAGCUUCUCUAUACAGAAUACCAGUUACCAAGCCCUCCUGAGAGCCUUAGGCUUGGGUACUCACCACAACAUAGAACUCCUAACACUGGGCCAGCUGCUCUCUUGUCCACUGCUGGAGUUUGCAGAUCGAAUCAAUCAGAUCUGGCAAGGUGAAAACGAACGAAUUCAAGCCCAAGAGUCCCUUCGGCAUCUGCAGCGGACCUGGGAAACGCGCCAGCUGCGACUGUUCAACUUUAUCAUGCAUGUACCCUAUGAACCCCCUCCCUUAGAACGUUCCAAGAGGCUCCGCAGCCCCCAGUGGGAGGUAGUGGAGAUGGAUAGUGGCACCUUCAUCCUUUCAGAUUAUGGCAGCUUGCAGGAUUCUAUCCAGGAAAGUCUUCAAGUGCUGUUCAAGAUCUUGGCCACCCAAAAGUCAGGAGACUUACACAGGACAGCUUUAGAGUGGGUGACCAUCAUGCAUAGCCUGAGUGCCCUGCUGGAGGUAUGGGUGACUUUCCAGCAGAAGUGGAUUUUUCUCAAUAAAGUUAUGUAUGAGAUGAAGGUCCCAUUUCCUACUGCUGACUUGAAGUCUCGUUUCAAGCCCAUGGAUGAUCAGUAUCGGACCCUGAUGCAGAUGUCUGUAGCUGACCCCUCAGUUCUGUCACUUAUAGUGCCCAGUGUCAGGCGGAACCCUAGCUUUCAAGGCCAGCAGCUGCAACAGCUGUUGCAGGCAGGCUCGGUGGAGCUGGAGAACAUCAUUAUGACUCUGGAGAGUGUGCUUUAUGGGGUAUGUGCCCAUUUCCCCCGCCUCUUCUUCCUAAGUGAUAAUGAACUGGUGGCCCUGCUGGCUUCCCCGCUGGAGACAUCGGAGGCCCAGCUUUGGGUUCGUCGCUGCUUUCCUCACGUGCAUGCUGUGAGCUUCAUGCUGACUUCAGCCAAUAAGAAAAACAAGAAUGACUGGGAGUCAUCCUUACAUCCAAGCCAAAUUGCACAGGCUCAGGUGGAAGCACUUGCAGUGGUGGGGGCAGGUGGAGAGGAGGUGAAGCUACAAGGCUCUCUCCCUUUACACUCCGAUCUCCCCAAGUGGCUGGCUUCUCUUGAGAAAUGCCUGCGUCAGACACUGGUGCACAGGCUGCAGGACUGUGUAGCAGCCCGUCUUGCUCUGUGCUCAUCCCUUGAGGAGGAAAUCAAGCAGCUGCCCCAACAAAGUCAGGUUUCCCUGACUUUGUCUAUGCAGCACUAUGUCUACCACUGGCUGGAUUUAGUUGAGGCUUUCCCGUGGCAGUGUGUGCUGGUGGCAGAGGAGGUGGUAUGGCGGGCCGAGAUGGAAGAGACUCUGCUUGAGCAUAAAACCCAGGCUUUGGUCCCUAGGCACGUGAGCAAAGUUGAGGCGCUGGCUCACUUUGUGCGAGCCCAGAGGGCCUCCCAGGGUGGGAGGCUCCUGUUCUCUGCCCGCCAGACCAGCCUGCUCAGUGCCCUGCUGGUCAUGACAGUGGCUCACCGGGAUGUCGCACAGCUGCUGCAGCAGCAGCAGGUCAGGGAGCUGACAGAUUUCCACUGGUCCCGUCAGCUCAAGUACCACCUAGGGUCACCUCACACCAUCCCUCAAAGCCCCCUGCAAAGUCUCAGAACUGUUGCAUGUGCUGAGAACUCCCUGUCACCAGCUGCAUGCUGGGUGGAAGUACUGGGCCGCUCCUUCCUGUACAACUAUGAGUACCUGGGACCCAGGCUGGAAUCUCUACCCAGCCUGCUGCCUGAGCGGCCAGCCCUGGUGCUUUUGCUGGCCCUGGAGGAGGUGGCCUGUGGGACCCUAUUAGGUCCUAGUGGUGUGGGCAGGACAACUAUGGUAAAAAGUCUCACUCGGGCCCUGGGCCGCCUGUUGGUGAUAAUGCCAUGCUUGCCUCAGAUAGAGGCCCAGAGUCUGAGCAACUACCUGAACGGUGCCCUGCAAGCUGGAGCCUGGCUGCUGUUGAAAGCAGUUCAGCACCUGCCCCUUGGCUUGCUCUCUGCACUCGGCCAGCGACUGGCUGAACUGCGCCGCCUCUAUGCCCCACUGUACCAGGAGGCUUCCCGGAACCCCAGCACCGUUGACCCCACCCACCUCAGGCUCCUUGGCACCGGCAUCUUUGAGAAGCAUCACGUGCCCAUGCGCUUUGGCUAUGGUUGUCUCCUGACACUUCCCACCCUGGGCUCUUUUCUGCCUGCCAACCUGCACGUGCUGCUGCGGCCCGUGUCACUGAAACUGCCUGACCUGCAGCAGGUGGCAGAGCUGACUCUGCUGGGCGCAGGGGCGCGGGAUGCCUCCCGUGUGGCUACUCGCCUCUUCAGAUUCUUCCUCCUGGAGAGGGAACUGAUACCUGGGCCUCUGCCCUGCCGCUUGCCAGUACUCAAGCAGAUUCUGGAAGAUAUGCUGCAGGCACUAAAUGUACCCAAGGAAGAACCCAAGUCCCAAAAGUCCCGCAGUCUCGCUUCCAUUGAGGAGGCCACCCUACUUCGUGCCCUGCUAAAGUCACAGAUGUUCAACAUUUUCAAUGCAACCCGUCGGCACAGCCUCCAAGAACUGCUGUGUGGGCUCUUCCCGAGUGCCAGCCAGCUGCUAGCGGAGCCUGUGACCCACAAGCUGACAAAGUCACUGCUGACAGAGAAAUUGCGACAGGUAGGCCUGAAUCCCAGCUCUGAUCUUUUGGAUUCCUUGGAACAGCUGAGCCAGGCCCUAGACCGGGCCUCUGGCAUUUUGUUCCUGGGUCCUGCAGGCAGUGGCAAGACCACUUGUUGGCAUAGCUUGUUUAAGAUUCAAAACCAGCUGGCUGUCAUGAGUGACACCGCCAGCAAAUUCUACCAGCCUGUGGAAAUGACUCACCUGUAUCCCAGUGUUCUCAGCUCCCAGGAGUUCCAGGGAUGGCUGGAGGGCUCGUCCUGGCACCAUGGUGUCUUCCCCAGGUUGCUUCGUGAGGCCAGUCAGUGUAAGACUUCGAACCUUAUGAGGCAGAGCCAGGCUUCUACGGGGAUUCAGCACUGGAUAAUAUGUGAUGGGGCCUCCAGUGCUGUUUGGCUGGACUCUAUCACUUGCCUCCUGAAUAACCCCCCCCAGCUCACCCUUCCCAACGGUCACCAGAUAACAAGACCUCUGGGCACUUUCCUCUUGCUGGAGGUAGGAGAUGCCACAGGCAUGUCCCCUACAGUGGUGGGCCAGUGUGCCCUCGUCUGGUGUGGUGGGGAGCAGACUUGGCAGAGUAUGCUUAGUGUCCUAAUGGCCGCCCUGCCCCAUGAGUACCACCUGCAGCACCAGACAGUCACUGAGUUCAACCGCCUAGCUGAAAUGUUGGUGCCUGCCACCUUCCGGUUCCUCAACCGCCAGGGUGCCAGCUGUCUGUUGCAUGUGCACGGGCAGCAGGCUGUUUGUCCAGGCGUGGCUGAAGUCACCAGCUUGAUCCGAAUCUUGCGAUGUCUGCUUGACACCCAUCUGUACAUAGAUGAGAAGAAGACACUCAGCCCAGAGAAUGCCAACUAUAAUGAUCCUGCUGCCCAAAGCUUCAAGCCUUCAAAAAACUCUCUGAACCGGUCCCAGGUUGAUGUGGACAGUACGACUACUAAGUGCAGGGAGCACUUGCUGGCUAUCAGCAGCUUUCUUUUUGCUUUGAUCUGGAGCUUUGGAGCCCAUCUUCCUUCCAGGCUCUGGUCCUCCUUUGAUACGUUCCUGAGAAGUUCCAUUAGCUUCCUUUCCAACUACCCUGAACUACCACACUCAGCGUUGGUGUUUGAUCUGCAUGUAUGUCCUGAAAGUGGGACACUGAUCCCCUUCACUGGCCAGUACCUAAGCAGCCACAUCAAGGGAACCCCAGGCAUUUUCAACCCUUCUACCCAGUCUGAACGACUCUUAUAUGUGGUAGACCUACUUCUGUCGGCAGGAUAUCCAGUGCUGCUGGCUGGAGAAGCAGCAUCAGGAAAGUCAACCUUUGUGGAGGCUCUGGUGGAGCCCUAUCACCCGUACACAUACAGUGCCAUCCACCCUGCCUUCACUACCACCCACCUCCGACUUCUGCUGAGCAGAGGGGUCCAAGGCCAAGCGCAAUCCAGCCUGGGACCUGGGCGCCACCAGGAUUCGAAAGGGUCCCUCCUUUUCCUGCUGGAGGACCUGCACCUGGCAGCUUCUGAUGCAGAGAAGAGCUGUCAGCCAGUGCUGGAAACUUUGCGUCAGGCCAUGGAUGGCACUAUAUAUGCCCACAGCACCUUGGAGCUGCAGACACUGCAACCUAUCGUCAAUUUUCUUGCUACAGCCACAGUGCCAGGCUUCUGUGAGCGCCCACUAUGCCCACGCCUCUUCCGACUCUUCACAGUGCUGGCCUUUGGCAACGUGACUCAGAACAUGCUGCUGAGCAGGCAUGUGCCCAGCAUCCAGGCGUGGCUGGAGCGUUUCCCUUCUGUGGAACGAGAGGGGCCUCUAGCAAGAGCCCUAGUCCGGGCCUCCAUGGAGGCAUUUGACGCUGUGACCAACUGCUUUAUGCCUUCUCCCUUCCACCCACACUACCGCUUCUCCCUGCACUCUGUGGGCCAGAUACUGAGCAGUCUGCAGUUGUUGCCAACCCGAACAGGCUCCCGAGGCUUUGUGGACUCUCCUAGCCAACAGGAGCACCUGUCCCGGGUGUCUGGCUUGCGUGGCAGCCGCCUAGCAGUCAUGAUAGCUAUGCGCAACAUGGUGCGUCUCUGGCUGCACGAGGCACAGAGAACCUUCUGUGACCGGCUGGACAGCCCUAGAGAGCGCUCUUACUGUGCCAGGCUGCUCCUAAAAGUAGCUCAGAAUGUCUUCUGCUCUGUAUUGGUACCCCAGAACCUGGAAAAGGGGCUGGAGGAGGAUGAGGAGGAGGAAGGGGGGGAUGAAGAGAAGGUACCUGAAGUGGAAUCUGAAGGAGAGUUGGCCCAGUGUGAGGACUUAAGCAAUAGUAGCAGUGAGACAGAAGAGGAACUUUAUGGCUUUCAGACCACCACAGGCAUACCAUCCAGUGAUUCAAGCCUACUGUCCUCUAUAGUACCCAUAAAGAGAGAGGACAUAGAGACCAUGUUUGAAGAGAUAUACCAGGGAGAAGAUAAGAAGGUCUCCAGUUCUAAAUACUCAAGAAAAUGCAGGAGUCGGUGGCAGAGGACAUUGCAUCUAGAUCUGCCAUCACCCCUGUUGCUACCCGUGCUAAUACUUCGGCCCCAGGAAAAGCCCUUAGACCUUGUCUUCAGUCAUGAGCUGAUACUGGCGUCCAGCUCUGAGAGUCCCAGUCUGUACCUAGAACGACAGUGGGGGAACCUGGAGUUGCAGCUAGCCACCACCGCUGCUCAGAUGAAGCUGAAUCCCAGCCUUGCCCGGUGCCACUUCAUGGCCAAGCAUGUGGCCCGCCUGGUCCGGGUGCUUUCCAGACCUCGACAGCACAGCCUCCUGCUCUCGGGGGCUCUAGGCACUGGGCGUCAUACUGCUAUCACGCUGGCAGCUGCUAUUUGUCAGGCCCGCCUCUUCCAUCUACCUUCUGAGUCAGAGGCGGCCAUUGAAAAGUGUCUACGGGAUGCCAGCUGGCACGCUGGUGUAUUAGGCCAGCCAGUAGCCCUUCUGGUGCCCAGCAGUGCAAAUGUUAUCACCCUUCAUCGCCUGCUGGCCCUGGCAACCUCAGGCAGUUUUCCGGACCAGUACUCAGAGGUAGAUCUGCAAAGAAUUGAAGAUCAUCUUCCCAGGGAGAACCUUAGCAUCAAGCAGAACUUCAAGAAGGAAAUGCUGUUGCAUAGGUUCUACCAGCAAGUAUGCAGCCACCUGCAUAUGUUCUUCCUGCUCAGUGAUGACCAAGUCCACAAGCAGCUACCGUCCACUCUUUUACUGAGGCUCCUACAACUGACCAUUGCCAGCAUUGACCACUAUGAAGCUUGGGACCAAGGUUCUCUGGUCAGUGUGGUACAGCACCACCUGGAAGGAGCUCAGCUUCGACCCCCUGAUGGCGGGUCUCCGGUGUGCCCAGACCUCCAGUCCUCAAUUCCCAGUUUGGCCAAAGUCAUGGCUCUUAUCCACCUUUCGGCAGCCAGCUACUACAAAUACCUGUGUCCUGAAUUGCCACUUGUCACUCCCAAGACCUUCCUAGACUUCCUGGAUACCUUCCUGCUGUUGCAACGACAGAUGACCUUGAAGAUCGAGAACAAGACCCGACAGAUCAAGAAUGCCCUGGAGAAUCUGAGAACAGUGAUAGAUAAGCACAAUGCCUAUACCAAUAUGGUCUUCAACUUGGAGCAGAGGCUGAUGAGCUCUCGCAAGAGCCUCAGUGCAUUGCAUCAGCAGCUGGAUAAACUCAGGGCUCAGUAUCGGCAGCAGCAGAUGGAGUGUAAGCAGCAGGAGCACCUUAUUGAGAACUUGACCAAGCAGCGAGAUGCCCUGAAGGCUCAACAUGAAGCUUUCCUGACACAGAUGGGCAUGGCAUUUCUGGAGCCCCUGAAGCAGCUGAAGGUGGUCGAUUUUGAGGAGUUACGGAGCUAUCGAGCACCCCCAGAAUCCGUGGUCCAAGUGACUGAUGCACUGUGUGAGCUGUUCCACCGUGAAACAGGUUGGGCCAGUGCCAAACAGUUGUUAAGCACUGAGAAUUUUUAUCAGGAGUUGGUGUUCUUCCCCAAAGAGAAGAUGACAGACUCAGAGCUGAUCAAGUUAAAGCUAGCUCUGCAGGCACCAGGGAUGAGCCAGGAUGCUCUGCGGACAAUAAGCAUGCCUGCAGCAAGCCUGGUGACCUGGCUCCGGGCCAUUCUGCAGUACGGGUUAGCACUGCGCCGGGGAAUGCCCACUAACCUACUGCUGCAGCAGGUCGAGGAAACAGUGGCUCGGGAGCAGGCCCACCUGGGCCACUCCCAGUUCCAGGCCCAGGAGUCAGUAGAUCAAAUUUCAUCUCUGAUCAAGAAGCUUCAUACUGCCCAGGCUUCCCACAACAAUGCGGCAGAAGAUCUCGGCUGGGCUCAGUUUGGCCAGUAUCACAAGUGGCCCAUAAAGGCUGCACUGCUCACACCCAUCCACUCCUGGACAUCAGAGCUACAGAAGUUGAAGGGGCAGAGCAUGACUGUGUUCGGGGAUGCCGUCCUGUGUUCAGCUUCAGUCGUCUACCUGGGUCCCUUCUCACCACAGCGGCGUCAUGAGCUACUGGAUAAAUGGCUGGCUCUGUGUAAGGGCUUUCAGGAGCCUCUGGACCCCGAUGAUGUGGCACAGGCGCUGAAGCAAAAACAGAAACCUGCCGUGCCGCCAAAGUACCCCCUACUGUCCACAUGCUCCCCCUUCAGUCUUCUUUGCUUGCUGAGCUCUGAGUCCGAACAGUUCCAGUGGGACCGAGACCUGAAGCCCCAGGCAAAGUCAGCCCGCCUAGCAGGCCUCCUUGUGCGAAGCUGUUCCCUCUACCACAGCUGCCGUUGGCCUCUGCUGCUUGACCCUGGAGACCAGGCUCUCAUCUGGCUGAACCCACUGCCUCUGAAAGAGACUACAACCUUGGUUCCGAGUCCCACUGAAAGCAAAGGGAAGGAUAUGGGAAAUGAAGAAAAAGAUGAGGAUGAUGAAGAUGACGAUAGUGAAGAAAGUGAUAAGACUGGGAGCGUGUCAAAAGAGAAGACAGAGGAAAGUGAUUUUGACGAGGAAAAAGAGGUGAUGGAGGAGGAGAAAAGUAGGAAGAAGCACACCAAACAGAAACAGGAGGAGAAGCAAGCGAAGGAGACCAAGUCUGAGGAGUCAAAGCCAGCCCCCGAGACACAGCCUCCGCCUGGCCCCUGCCUCUGUGUGCUCUCAGGUGCUGACCCAGAGCUGGGGGUUAAGCUGAAGGAGGCAGCAGCAGAUGGCCUGCCGGUGCUACUAACCCACAUGGAACUAGGCCUUGAGUGCCCAGAACUACAACGGCUACUUCAGCAGGAGCAGCUGAGUCCCCCGCAGGCGCAGUCUGGCUUCUGUCUCUACCUGAGCACCACCCUCCCACUCAGUGCCUUGAGACAAGUGCUAGACUAUGAACAGCUGAAGAGGCUCAAUGUGUUGGAUCUGAGCUUCAACCCGGAAAUCCUGGAAGAACAGAUACUGCACGAAGUCAUGAAAGCGGAACGUCCUGAACUGCUCACUCAUUGGCAGGACCUACAGACCAAAACAUUGGACACCCACAAAACUGUGGAGGCUGCUGAGGAGAAGGUGCUGCUCCUGAUGCUGGUCCAGAAGUCAACGCAUCAGAAACAAGCCAAGUUCCUACGUGCCAUGGUGAGGGCCCAGGCGGAAAUGAUUAAGCAUCGGGCUAAUUAUGAGGAACUAGAAGAACUGAAGCUGCAGGAGAUAGCGUCAUGGGCACCCUACAAGCGUGUGGUCUGGUAUGGAAUGACCGUUAUAAAGGCUAUUAGCCUACUCCAGAAUCUGGUGCCACCUUUCCGUAUGCACCCGGAGGACUGGCUGGCAGCCACCAGGCAGGUUCUGAACAACCUGAAGCAUGACGACAUUUCCCGUGGGGAGGACCUCCCCAGCCAUCUGUUACAACUGAAAGCACAGCUGACCCGCCACUUCCUGAGUAGCACCGUGGCCACACUGGGCCUGACCCAAGUGCCUCUGGUGGGUGCCCUGAGUACUUUGGCUCUGUUGUACACAACAACAAAGGCACCAGAGCUGGAGAGGCUGGCACUCUGCCCUGGACUGGCAGCCUCUCCCAGCAUACAACCUGGCAAGUCAGUUCCAGGUAUGGUUCGACCAGCCUGGUUAGGGCUGAGAGCCUGGCACGAAUGUGGGAUCUUAGAGAUGCUGCCCCCAUUUGUUGGGCUGCGUGCAUCCCUGGCAAGCCACCCUGAUGUUUGGCAGGCUUACCUAUCACUAUCGUCCACAGUGCUGGGUCCUGCACCAGGACCCGGGCCUGGGCCCGACCCCCUCAAUCUUCUCCAGAAGCUGAUCUUGUGGCGUGUGCUCCGGCCCGAGUGCCUGGCAGGUGCCCUGGCAGACUUCACUACCAGCCUUCUGGGCCGGCCCCUGGAUGAAAACCUGGGGGCCCCCACUAUAUCCUUGGAACGCAGUAAAGCUACUCAGCCCAUGCUGAUCUUGUUUCCAACACCGGGUCAGCCCAUGGCUACCUUGCAUCCCCUGACAGCCAUCCAGGAACUGGCUGCCAAUCAUGAGCAGGGGCAGAAGCAUCUGGAGGUGAUAGCUCUGGGUUCUCUAGCCUGGGACCCAGUGUCAAGUAUCAUCAGCACUCUGUGUCAGGCUAUAAACAAAGGGCACUGGCUUGUCCUGGAGAACUGCCAUCUGAUGCCUCACUGGCCAAAACAACUGCUACAUCCUUUGCUGAAGCUGUUGGAUGGAGCCAAGGUUGUCUCUGAUGAGGAGUUAGAACAACUUUCAACACAGUCUGAAAAUAUGGAUAUGACCCUUGUCCACAGAGAUUUCCGUCUUUGGCUUAUUGUGUCCUCAGAGGCAAUUGCCUCCUUACCAGCUGUACUGACUCACUACUCCAUGCCUAUUUUCUGGGACCAGUCCUUGCAGCUUGGUCAUGUCUUGCUGGACAGUGUGGAGCUAGUCCAAAAAGGGCAUUACAUGCAACCGCCUGCCAGGGUGCUGCCUCUGCUCCUCCUGCACGGUGUCCUGCUCCACAGGCAGCUCUACGGCAUGAAACUCCAGGCACAUAGGGGACUGUGGAGCAAAGUGACCCUGACUCGGGCCCUUCAGAUCCAAGUUCAGCUGUGGGACAGCCUGAGCAACCCCAGCGCUGCCAUGGAGGAACUGGCCGCUUCCAUUUUCUAUGGAGGGCCUGUGGGAGACAACAAGGACAGGGAGACCCUGCACAGCCUCACACAAGCCUGCCUGAACCCUAGCAGCCAGAGUGGGGCCGAACCACACACACCCCAGUACCUGCUGGCCACCCUGAUGCCUAGCACAGAUCUUAAGGACCUGGAUGCUGUGGCAGAAUGCAAGGCCCAAAUACAGCUACUGCCCACACCACCUGAACCUCAAGUCUGCGGACUGAGCGCCGGCACCCAGGCCUGGCUGCUGUGCCGCCAGAGUCGCGCCCUCCUGAGCGCGUUGCAGCGGGGUUCAGCAGUUUGGGUCCCUGCAGCGCGGAGGGGCUCCCAGCGCGAGGAGAGGCGGCUGCAGCAGCGCCUGAUGCAGGCCAGGCGGAGGCUGGAGUCGCUGCAGACUCUGCUCAGCGAGGUCACUCGCCCAGAGGAGUCCAGCACCGAGGGGAUGGUGCCGAGCCACAACGGGCCGCGGCCUCUGGAAGACUUCCUCCGAGCCGAGGUGCUGGACCUGAGCCGGCUGGUGAGCUGCCUGCGGCUGGACCUGGACUGUCUGUGGCAGCAGGUGAAGGGCGCGCCCCCCUGCGCUUCCCUGCGCUGCGCCGCGGUGGCUCAGGCCCUCUGGGCUGGCCGCCUGCCCCCACCUUGGCGACCCCACGUGCCCGCCUGCGCGCAGCCGCCCUGGCACUGGCUGCGACAGCUGUCACGUCGCGGCCACUUGUUGGUUCGCUACCUGGGCACGGGCACCGAAGAGCCCGAGCGCAUCUUUCACCUGUCGGCCUUUGGCAACCCGCGCCGCCUGCUGCUGUCGCUGCGCCGGGAGGCUGCCUUUGCCAAGGGCUUCCAGGAUCAGUGUGCGCCCGGCUUCAACCUUCCUGGCUGCCAGAUACAGUUCUCCCAUAGAUCUCAAGAACUGAACAGCAACCGGCUGCACCUUCAGGUGGUGAAUGACUCGAAUCCUACGGUUCCGGAGAGAGGGCUGCUGUUGAUUGGGCUGCAGCUCCGCAACGCUGAGUGGGACCCAAUGACUGGCGCUCUGCAGGAUGGUCCCGCCAGCCAGCCCAGCCCUCUGCCUCCAGUCAGCGUCACCGUUAUGGCCCGGGGCGCCAGCGACCUGCCAAACCCUGCCGGCUUGACUAUGUAUUCCUGUCCAGUGUACCUGGAAGGGCCACUGGGGACCACCAGGCUACACAGCUGGAACAUCCUGACGUACCUGCCACUGCCUACCAAGCUCAGCCUCGACGCUUGUAUCCAGCGAAGAGUCUAUGCGUGCAGCCCACCUCUGCUCUGAGCCCUCAGAGUGCAAUAAAGCUGGUGUAGCUUCAAGACAAAA